AAUGACGUAGACCUGUCAGAGGCGCUCUCUCUCUCUCUCGGUCACAAACGGCUGAGCGGAGUGUUUCCAUGGCUGCCUGCUCGGCACGACGGCUCGGAUUUUUCUGUUGUGUACGAGAGAGAGAGGGCGCACGGUUCGUCUUCGAGAGGCGGUGUAAACCACGACACAGCUCCGUCUACACCUCCAGGGUGUAGUUCAGGUGGAGCGGGCUAACUUUUAGGCGCUAAAUGAGACUCCGUCGUCGAGCGAAAUUUGAACUUCAUCGGCUCGCGGAUUGUUCUUCUUGUUUGGGGAGGAAAAAAAAAAAAAACGCACUUCAACGGAAGUCUGACUCGGAUUAAAAAAAAAAAAAAAACCCGCCGCUUGGAAGAAGUUGGACCCGGUGUUUACACGAAGAACUCGGUGAAUUUACCAACAGUCUCUUGUAACUUUUACUUGUAACGUACUUUUUUUUGUUUUGUUUUUGUUUUUCUAGCUCGAGCUAGCUCGGGGCUACAUUAGCCGGCCGCCUCUGCUGUAGCAGUUACAGUAGUUAGUGCCACUGUCAGACUGACUUCACCGCUAAAACUUUACAAUGACAACGUCUUUUUUUUUUUUUGCAACAGGUUAGACGCUCAUUUGCAGAAAUUAAUUAGAAAUCUUAGCAACUUUUAAGCUGAUUUCUUCCCCCUUCUUCCAUGUCGCUAACAUCGGGUUAUACUGCGGGAAAUGUCAUGAGUUGCUCGGCUGCUUGGCUCGUGUUGUGAACAUCCACCACCACCACCACCCCGAAAAAAAAGAUGCAGUGUUUGGACACAGUCUAACCUUCCUCCAUCACCCCCCCAAAAUACACAGCGACCAUGUUGGAUCAUACAGAAUAACAACACAAGACUUGGAAGUCGUGACACAGUUGUGCUGUGAUACAUAUAUAUUUAUAUAAUUUGACGCUGAAGAGGAGGAGGAGACCUUUCCUGUGGACAUAGGGGAUACAAUAGCUAUAUUUAUCUUCGUCAGUUUUUUUGAUUUAUGCAUCAAAAUGUCGGCCAUCUCCGCAUCCGAGAAAGUGGACGGGUUCACGAGAAAGUCCAUGAGGAAGGCCCAGAGACAGAGAAAAUCCCAAGGCUCGUCUCAGUACCGCACGCAGAGCGCUCCGGUUGAGCUUUCACCGCUGCCCCAGCUCAAAGAUGCCCCGUCGACGGAGCAGCAGGAACUGUUCACCCAGAAGCUCCAGCAGUGCUGCAUGCUCUUCGACUUCCUGGACUCCGUGACGGACCUGAAGAGCAAGGAGAUCAAGAGGGCCACGCUCAACGAGCUCGUGGACUACGUCUCCACCAACAGAGGGGUGCUGGUGGAGUCCGCGUACCCAGAGAUCACUGACAUGAUCUGCACCAAUAUAUUCCGGACUCUUCCACCAAGUGACAACCCAGAUUUCGACCCAGAGGAGGACGAACCUACUCUAGAGGCUUCCUGGCCUCACAUUCAACUGGUCUACGAGUUUCUCCUGCGCUUUCUAGAGAAUCCGGACUUCCAGCCGAGCAUUGCAAAGCGCUACAUCGAUCAGAAGUUUGUUCUGCAGCUGCUGGAGCUGUUCGACAGCGAGGACCCGAGGGAGAGAGACUUCCUGAAGACCAUCCUGCAUCGGAUUUACGGAAAGUUUCUGGGAUUGCGGGCUUUCAUCAGGAAGCAGAUUAACAACAUUUUCUUGCGGUUUAUUUAUGAAACGGAGCACUUCAACGGAGUUGCUGAGCUGCUGGAAAUCCUGGGAAGCAUCAUCAACGGGUUCGCGUUGCCUCUGAAGGCAGAGCACAAGCAGUUCCUCAUGAAGGUGCUCAUCCCGUUACACACGGCUAAAGCGCUGUCCCUUUUCCAUGCACAGCUGGCCUACUGUGUGGUCCAGUUCCUGGAGAAGGAUCCUACACUCACUGAACCGGUGAUUCGUGGGCUGCUGAAGUUUUGGCCUAAAACCUGCAGCCAGAAAGAGGUCAUGUUCCUGGGUGAAAUCGAGGAGAUCCUCGACGUCAUCGAGCCGACGCAAUUCAAGAAAAUCCAGGAGCCGCUCUUCAAGCAGAUUUCUAGAUGUGUGGCCAAUCCGCACUUUCAGGUAGCAGAGCGAGCGCUCUACUUCUGGAACAACGAGUACAUUCUCAGCUUGAUCGAGGAGAACAUCGACAAGAUCCUCCCCAUCAUGUUCGGCAGCCUGUACAGAAUCUCCAAAGAGCACUGGAACCCGACGAUCGUGGCUCUCGUCUACAACGUGCUGAAGACGCUGAUGGAGAUGAACUGCACGCUGUUCGACGAGCUGACCUCCUCCUAUAAAGCAGACCGGCAACGGGAGAAGAAGAAGGAGCAGGAGAGGGACGAGCUGUGGCAGAAGCUGGAGGAGUUGAGGCUCAGCAACAGUACUCUGGUUCAGAACAACAGCCACGGUCUGCCGAGUGUCCAGAACAACAACAACAACAACAACAACAAUAGUAAUAAUAAUAAUACUGACGCCCAGGACAAGAGCGCUGACGCCGCUGCUGACGCUGCUCUCACCGUCACCACAAACAACAACGAUCCCGCCGAGAGCGCCACAUGUGCCAAAUGACACCGGACGUCCGUUUGUUUGUUUUUUAAAUUCCGUGACGGUUUGACGUGUUCGGGACUGUCAGGAGAGGAUUAACGGAGACGGAAAAAGAAAACCACAGAUUACACCUCAGCAGUAUAUUAAAAUCUACUUAGAGUGACUUAGAACGCCAGCAUUUCUUUGGCAGAAAAAAAAAAUCUAUAUUUCAACUUAAGACUAUUUUUGGAUGUUACAGUGUGGCUGCAGUAUAAUGUUUAUUUGUCUGAUCAAAGAUGUAUCCUUUCACAUUUAGUUUCUUAACUGAAAAUGAUUUUUUUUUUUUUUUUUUUAUAUUGUAUGAUACAUGGGAGGGGAGAAAAUAAUGACUUGAAUUUAACGUUUCUGAUUGUGCUGCACUUAGACAAGCUGAACAGCUAUUUAAAGAUGUCUGUUUUUUAAUGUGCUUUUCCUUGUUGCUGCCAACAUCGGGUGCAGACCGUAAGGAAGAAGGGAAUCCAGACUUUUGGGAGUAUUUUUUUUUUGAGGGGGGAGGCGGCAGAUGGGACCAGAUCCACGACUAGAUGUUUAGUGUUCAUCAUUGUAUAGAAAAGGGCUGUUAUCAGGAGGAGCUACACGAUCUCCCCGGAUGGGGAGACGCAUGGCCAAAAAAAUAUAAUAAAAAAAAAAUAAUCCCAGAUAUGGACUGAUAUCUCUGUAAGCCGCUCCGAGCUGGGACGAUGAAGAUAAAAGUAAAACGUCACAUUUGUGAGAUUAUUUUUGUGUUUUCAGGUGUUGGUAAAUAUUUUUGUAUCCGGGUGAAAAAAAGAAAUCGUGAAGCUAAAAAGUUAAAAAACAACAACAACACCUAAAGAUGAUUCACUCUGACGUGUUGAUCAGGGCUUUCAAAGACUUUAAGGAGUGGUUCGGCUUUUUUUUUUGGUGGGGAAAGUUUCCGAGAGUUGGAUGAGAAAAUCUUUGACACUACCUCCCGUUAAGCUGGGUAUCUUAGCUUAGCAUAAAGACUGGAAACAAAGGGAAACGGCUAGCCUGACUCUGUCUUAAAGAGAAUCCAGCGAGCUGCCGCGUUGGUCGACGGCACACGUUCCCGCUCGAUUAUUUUGGCGCCGUUUUUUCUUCCGUUAACCUGAAAUAAUUAAAAUUUUACUCUGCAGAGACUCUGACUGCAGCGUUACAUCAACACAAGACUGUCCUGUCAUAAUUUUUAAGUUCAUAAGUUCAUUAUUUCUGAAUCGUUUCCACAUUUGGAUGCUUGUACCGAUGAAACAAACCCAAAAAAACUGAUCUUAAGAUUUUGUUUUUGGACGGAGCCAUGGCUAGCAGUUUCCCUUUGUAUCCAGUCUUUAUGCUAAGCUAUGCUAACCAGCUGCUGGAUGUAGCGUUCUUAAUUAACUCUCGAAUAAUUUCCCAAAAACUUAAAGAAAAAACAGUACAGUACUAUAUUUUUCCAGAGUAUCGAGAAGGCAAAAAUAUUUUUGAAUGUUUCAUUUCGCAGGCGGAUUAAGACGGGAUGCACUCGAGUGCGUGUGUGUAUAUAUACAUAUACAUAUGUGUAUAUAUAUGUAUGUAUAUAUAUAUAUAGUAUGUGUGUGUAUAUGUUGGUUUUGGAGGCUACUUAAAGGGAAAUGCCACUCAAAUUUAAAGAUUUGAUGUACAGUCCGUUGUUUCUGUGCAGCCAGCGAUCAGAUUGAACAUAGAUGGUUCAAAGCUGAGGAGAUUUGUCUUAUCUGAUAUUUUACAACCAACAAGAGGCUGAUUUCUUUUGUGUAUCGUUUUAUAUCCAAACACAGUGAUAUCAAGUAACACUUAACACCUGAGAAACUCUCACCUGUUUUUACAAGUUAAUCUUAAACCAUUAAUGCCUGUUCACUCCUCCUCCAGUCCAGACUUUGUUAAUAACCUCACGUUUGCUUUUUAUUUUCCGGUUUUCUGACGUUUUGGGGGGAGUUGUUAGAUGUGUUCAUGAAUCUGACUGCCGUAGAUCAUCAAGAGCAACCUUUAAAAAAACAAAAACAAAAAAAAAACAUUGGAUGGUGUUUCCUCUGAACCCCGAGUGUCUGCUCUCUCUUUUACUUUUGAGUUUUUUGUUUUUAGGUCCAGUCUCUUCUGAUGCCUUUCUGUCAGCAUUCCAACCUCUGUGACGUUAAAAUAAGAUUAAAAAAAAAAAAAAAAAAAAAAAAAAAUCCCACGUGGGGGAACCUGUUUUGUAAUCGCAGAUCUUAUUUAGGUUUCACCAUUAAAUAAAGUCGACUUUAUCUUUCUA